UUGGAGGCGGAGCAAAGGAGCCAAGUGCUGGAGGUGCCUGGGAGGGUGUGGAUGGACGGACACGUGUCCUGGAGGGACUGGCGAGACCAGGAAGCCUCAGGAACAAGCCUUCCAGGGGCUUAAGAAACAAACCAGCAACCCAUUCCAGCUGACGGGGGAUACUGGGAGUUGCAAUGCACAAGGAAGCAAGGGAGAGGAGCUGCAGAUCUCUUUACAUCAGGUCUGCCCAACAUAUGGCCCAGGGGCUGCAUGUGGCCCACCAAAAGAUUUUGUGCAGCCCGUGUGAAUGUGAAACAACUUCAAGGCUCCUCCAGUGCUCAGCAUUCUGAGGGCUGUGGAAGAAAUCUCAACUUUGCAAGUCAAGCAAAUAAAGAGGAAAGGAAGCCCGUGAGUCACCCAAGUGCAUGUCUUUGCUCACGGACUUGCUAGGAGGUCAGACUGUUCCAGAGAGAGAACUGGCCCCUUCAGAAGUCUUCCCUUGCAUUCCCAACACUCAAGCAUUCAUUCGGGACUGAGGGAAUCAGGACUGAAUAGAGGAUUUCUGAUAUAUUCAAGAGCUAACUGUCAACAUUGGCUUCCUGGAUCAGGAACCUGCACACCAAGAGACCUGAGAGAUGUCUCAUCCAUCAUGGUUGCCACCAAAGAACUCCAGCGAGCCCAUCGGACAUGUGACUGCAAGAAUGGAGACCACGCAUGCUUUUGGGACCCCAAGUGUCUCUGUGUCCACUCAGCAGACCCCCAAAAAGUUUGCUCCGGUUGUGGCCCCCAAACCAAAGUACAAUCCCUAUAGACAAGUGGAAGGGGAAGGUGAUUUUCCUCCUCCACCUCCUCCACCUCCUCCACCUUCAGCGGAUGACCCUGGGAAUCUCCCUCCAUCUGCUGGUGCCUUCCUGCCACCUCCACCUCCUCCUCCUCCAGAUGAGUCCCUUUUCAGUGUUCAGGUCAAGCCAGGUGCCAAAACAUUAGAAGAAAGGCGUUCCAGUCUGGAUGCAGAAAUCGACUCCUUGACCAGUAUCUUGGCAGACCUAGAAAGCAGCUCACCCUACAAGCCGCGGACUCAGCAGGGCUCUGGGAUUCCAAGUGGGGUUUCUACACCUCCAAUGUCCACACCAGUCACUGGACACAAGCGCAUGGUCAUCCCAAACCAGCCUCCUUUGACCGCCACUAAGAAAUCGGCCUCCAAGCCUGGCUUUCAGCCUUCUCCAAUCCCAGUGACGCCAGUUGGCACCCUGAAACCUCAGCCGAUACCAGCUUCAUACAGCACAGCCUCUACACCCACCCGUCCAGCAUUCAAUGUGCAAGUGAAAUCUGCUCAGCCCACUCCUCACUUCCAACCACCAGCCACCCAGUAUGGUGGUCCAGCUCCCAACCAGGCACCUCAGCCUUCUUAUGCCCCAGGGACGGCAUCCUAUACUCCACCUCAGCCCCGGGGAAUUGAUUACAGCUACACAACCCAACCAGAACCAAGUUAUGGUUAUGCCCCACCACAGGCUCGAUUUCAAGAGUCGACCUAUCCUGGAGGCCCAAGUUACAGAGGGCGGAAUGGUACCGAACCCUCCUCUGUACCACAAAGUAUGUGGAAGCCUGAAUCAGCGUAUGCUCCUCCUGGUUCUGCGACCCCGAAUCCAGUGGGGCAGUACCCAUCCUUAAGUGCCAAGAAGACCUAUGUCACAGAACCUACCCCAGUGCCACAGCGCCCUGUGAUGCAACCAAAGAGUGGACAUGUUGGGCCCAGCCCUGCCUCAAACACUCCGCUAUUCAGACCAGAAGAUGAGCUGGAACACUUGACCCAAAAAAUGCUCUAUGACAUGGAGAACCCUCCUUCUGAGGAAUACUUUGGCCGCUGUGCCCGUUGCGGGGAGAAUGUCGUUGGGGAAGGAACCGGGUGCACAGCAAUGGACCAGGUCUUCCACGUGGAGUGUUUCACUUGCAUGACCUGCAAUAACAACCUCCGGGGCCAACCUUUCUAUGCAGUGGAGAAGAAAGCCUACUGUGAGCCCUGCUACAUUAACACUCUGGAGCAAUGCAGCGUUUGUGCCAAGCCCAUCAUGGAACGGAUCCUGAGAGCCACGGGCAAGGCCUACCACCCACACUGUUUCACGUGUGUGAUAUGCCAGCGCAGCCUGGAUGGUAUCCCCUUCACCGUGGACGCUGGUGGCAACAUCCACUGUAUUGAGGAUUUCCACAGGAAGUUUGCUCCACGGUGCUCUGUCUGUAAGGAGCCCAUCAUGCCAGCCCAGGGCCAAGAGGAGACUGUCCGGAUCGUGGCCUUGGAUCGUGACUUCCAUGUGCAGUGCUACCGGUGUGAGGACUGUGGAGGGCUUCUGUCUGAAGGCGACAACCAGGGCUGCUACCCACUGGAUGGCCACAUCCUUUGCAAGAUGUGCAACUCGGCUCGGAUCCAAGCCCUGACGGCCAAGGCCAGCACUGACCUUUGAAUGCAAUGGGGAGCAUUGCACAGCCUUCCUUGCCAUCUUGCACAGCUGGAAAGUAUUGGAACGUGAGGAUCAGGCUGCUCCCAGAGGCCUUAAUCCCACAUCACUCUUUCCUCCUGUCUACACAGAUGUAUUUUGGAUUUUGGUUGGAUAUCUGUUUCCUCUUCCCAAGGAGCCCUGGGAAAUGUACUUCUCUGUGUGGUGUGUUGGCUCUUUGGGAGGCAGUUUAUAACACACUUGUAAAUCUGCAGUUCCCAGGGUUCUUUGAAGAGGCACCAUGACACUUAAACUAGUAUGACACUGACAGAGGUCUGGAGUGAAGAAAAGCCUUGAGGGAUCAAAUGUCUUGAUAUUGUCUUAGCUCUCUCCUGGCUUUAAAGAGUUGAAAGCAAUCAUUCCCAAUCCUGAGCCCUCUGGACGUGUUGAUCCACAACUGUGAAUCCCAUCAUCCUGCCUGGGGAUGGUGGGAGCUGUAGUCUGACACCUCCAGAGGGCACCAGUUUGAGGAUGUCUAUUCUAGAGUAGGGGUGAGCAACUGCUGGGGGUUGGGGAAUAUGAUGAUUUCCCCAGGGGACCGAGAAGUCUCCGAAAUCUUCGCAGAUUGGCUUAAAGUGCCUCAUUUAAAGGACAAUUUUCCUACUUUUCCAGAAGUGCCAGGAGAGUUGCUGGAGUUUUUUAGAGGGAGGGUUGCCCUGCAAAGAAAAUUAGGAAGUAACCCAGAGCUGAUGUUCAGUUCAAGGGUUGCCAAAGCAAAAAACUGGAGCAUAUUCCCAUGCUUUAAUGGGUGUGCAGAAGAGAGAAUUUCAGCAGGUGCUGUUUUUCAUGCAACCAGGUAACACACAACACCUCCUGAAAUGUAGUGGCUUGAGUGUUGAGAUUAUAACUCAUGCGACCAGAGUUCAAUUCCCCACUC